CUCUCAUGGUUUCUCUCUGUUGAAAGUGACAUCCGUAAUGGCUGGCACGAAUCGAGGAAUGUAAUCGUAAUACAUCUAAGACGUCUACAGUGACGAGCUGUCACUUAUUAUUAUACGGAAAUAAUUUCGUUUUAUUCUGUCUUUCGACCGACACGCAGUGGCAAACUAUAAACGCGAAAAGCUCUCCUGCUACCGCGAUGAGUGACGAAGGAUUUGAUCCAUGCGAGUGCAUGCGGCAUCACUUGUCUAUACAACAUCUACUUUCUAUUUUGCGACAAUCGCAGGAUUAUUGCACGGAUACUGAAUGCUUCAACAUAUCAAGAUUACCAGAACCGCAAGUUGUUCAAGAAUCCCCAAUUUUCUUCCUUAAUAUUUGUUUAAUAUUCGGUGUUAUCAUUCUCAUGUAUAUAUUGAGACCACGGCCUUUGCAACGAUUAAAUAACGAUAUUAUCAAGAGCCGCAAUAAUGAGCCUGGUUCACGUCAUGACCCACCUUCAUCACCACCGCCAGCACAUUAAUAAUGCAAUAAUCGUCGUCGAGCGCGAAAAGUUUUAUUAUAUAAAAUUUGAUAUUACGCUUUAUCAAGAUUACAACAAAAAAGAAAGUGAUUGUCUAUGACAGUUGAAAAAUAAUACAUACCUUAACGAGGUUUAUCAGUUUUCCGUUGCAUAAAAGAUGCAAUUUUCUUUAAAUGUGCAAUAAUUGUAACUUGAUAUAAGGCGCGUGUAUUUCUUUUUUCGCAUUUUACACAUCUCUCGACAGAUAAUUCUUGCAUACUUGAAAUAUAUCCAAAUAAUCUACAGAGUAUUGUAAUUACAACUUUCCAAGACAGUAAAAGUAAUAAUAAGAUUUUACGAUUGCAUAACUAAUAUGAGAAUGUAAUAAUGUGUUCUUUACACUUGCGUACUAUCGUCUUUCAAAACUAGUAGUAAGUGUUAACGUUUAUUAAUAAUUUCAUUUCGGAUGAUGUAUAAUUUCUGACAAUUUAAGACACAGAGUAAUGUGAGCAAAAAAAGUUUAAAAAAUUAAAAGAAUCACAUUUAUAUACAUGUAGGUACAUUUGGUUUUAAAAUGAAAAUGUAAAUACUUUUUCUAUAUAAUUCGGAACGCAGCCAAUAGUCCAAUGACAGAACUUAAUUUUGAUUAAUUUCUAGAAAUUAAGUUCUCUUAUUAAACCAUCGAUUGCGUCCCGAAUUGCAUGAAAAAAAAA